GGCUAUCCGUACGCGUCCGAAUCUAGCCCGGGAACUAAGAGAGGAGCGAGAUUCGCGAGUUUGCCAAUUCCGGACAUCUUCGGGACCGGCAAGAUGUGCUCCCUAGGCUUGUUCCCUCGGCCUCCGCCUAGGGGUCAAGUCACCCUAUACGAGCAAAAUAACGAGCUCGUGACAGGCAAUAGCUAUGAGAGUCCGCCUCCUGACUUCCGGGGCCAGUGGAUCAAUUUUCCUGUCCUAAACCUGUCUAAGGAUCCCCUGAAGACCCCUGGGAGGCUGGACCAUGGCACAAGAACUGCUUUCAUCCAUCAUCGGGAGCAAGUGUGGAAGAGAUGCAUCAAUAUUUGGUGUGAUAUGGGCUUAUUUGGGGUGCUGAAUGAAAUUGCAAACUCAGAGGAGGAGGUGUUUGAAUGGGUGAAGACUGCAUCCAGUUGGGCCCUGGCACUCUGUCGAUGGGCCUCCUCCCUUCAUGGGUCCCUCUUCCCACACUUGUCUCUCAGGAGCGAAGAUCUGAUUGCUGAAUUUGCCCAAGUCACAAAUUGGUCCAGCUGCUGCUUACGGGUCUUUGCAUGGCACCCCCACACCAACAAGUUUGCGGUGGCCUUGCUAGAUGAUUCAGUCCGUGUGUAUAAUGUUAACAGCACUAUAGUCCCCUCUCUGAAGCACCGGUUGCAGCGAAAUGUGGCAGCUGUGGCCUGGAAGCCCCUCAGUGCCUCUGUUUUGGCUGUGGCCUGCCAGAGCUGCAUUCUCAUCUGGACCCUGGACCCCACCUCCUUGUCUACCAGACCCUCUUCUGGCUGUGCCCAAGUGCUUUCUCACCCUGGGCACACACCUGUCACCAGCUUGGCCUGGGCCCCCAGUGGGGGUCUACUGCUCUCAGCUUCACCUGUGGAUGCUGCUAUCCUGGUAUGGGAUGUCGCAACAGAGACCUGUGUUCCCCUUCCCUGGUUUCGAGGAGGUGGGGUUACCAAUCUGCUCUGGUCCCCAGAUGGCAGCAAAGUCCUGGCUUCCACUCCUUCAGCUGUCUUUCGAGUCUGGGAGGCCCAGAUGUGGACUUGUGAGAGGUGGCCUACUCUAUCAGGGCGAUGUCAGACUGGCUGCUGGAGCCCAGAUGGAAACCGGCUGCUAUUCACUGUACUGGGGGAACCACUAAUUUAUUCCUUGUCAUUCCCAGAACGUUGUGGUGAGGGAAAGGGGUGCGUUGGAGGUGCAAAAUCAGCAACAAUUGUGGCAGAUCUGUCUGAGACAACAGUACAGACACCAGAUGGAGAGGAAAGACUUGGAGGAGAGGCUCACUCUAUGGUCUGGGACCCCAGUGGGGAGCGUCUGGCUGUACUCAUGAAAGGAAAUCCACGGGUCCAGGAUGGUAAGCCAGUCAUCCUCCUUUUUCGCACUCGAAACAGCCCCGUGUUUGAGCUACUUCCUUGUGGCAUUAUCCAGGGAGAGCCAGGAGCCCAGGCCCAGCUCAUUACUUUCCAUCCUUCCUUCAACAAAGGGGCUCUGCUCAGUGUGUGCUGGUCCACAGGCCGAAUUACCCACAUCCCUAUGUACUUUGUCAAUGCCCAGUUUCCAUAUUUUAGCCCAGUGCUUGGCCAAACCCAAGAACCCCCAGCUGGGGGUGGAGGUUCUAUUCAUGAUCUGCCACUCUUUACAGAGACAUCCCUAAGCUCUGCUCCUUGGGACCCUCUCCCAGGGCCACCACCUUCUCAGUCCCACUCCCCUCACUCUCACUUCUAAUAAUAAGAAUAUCUGUAUUUUCCACUCAGUUAUGAGACUCUUUUCAAGGGAACUGCAUUGGGGCACAGUGAAGAAAAAAAGGGCAUGGACUUUGUGUUAAGAUCUUGGUUCUGUCCCUUUUUAGCCACUUCUUGUAAGUUUGGUCGUUAUUUAACUUAGGAACCCAGUGGUUUUCAAAUGAUUAGGAAAACAAAGCUGAGAAAAUACCAACAGCCCUGAAGGUCUAGUAUAGGCUCUGGCACAUAAUAGAUACUUUACUUUUCCCAGGUUUCGUCAAGUUCCUAGGAUGGUGCAGGGUAGUAAUGUGGCAAGGACUUGGUCAGUAUGAGAUGGAAGAAAUUUUAUUGGAUGAGGGGA